UUCGAAGAGCCUUUUUGGCAAAUGUCGUGAACCAAGGUUUUGUAAGGUUUUACAAAAUAAAUUCAAGACUCCUGAAGACUGAUGCCACGCUCGCUGGUUACCGAGAUUUCUCGAUGUUGAUUUGAUCAACUCGGCAACAUCUCUUCUACAUUUAAAAUGGAGUCAAGUGCUAAAGUUCCUUUGCCAUUAGAACCCAUAAAAGCAAAUCAGGUUGAAGACAGACGCCUAUGGGUGGGCAAUUUAGAUUUAAGAAUUAAUGAGUACCAACUCCUGAAACUUGUCCAAAAAUACGGCACAAUCGAAAAGUUCGACCUGCUGUUUCAUCGAUCGGGACCUCAAGCCGGUCAACCAAGAGGCUAUGCAUUUGUUACUUACAAAACGAUUCAAGAUGCUAUAAGGGCGAAAGAUGCUUUACAUAACUUGAAAGUUGGAGCUAAGAAUAUUAUCGUUAGAUGGGCGCACAGUGUCACCGAGUUGGACAUGGAUAAACCAAAACCAAAGAUUGAGAUUCCUGCCUUAGCUGGUGCAAAGAAAGAGGAUAAAAAAAUCAGUCGUGAAACAGCAAUUCAAGCGAUUGAAGCAAAACUCAAGUUGAUGAAAGAAUCAGAAGAAGAGUUCGAAUUGAAUAAACCAUUGGAAGGAUCGCCAAUUAUACAACUCUAUCAAAAAGUAGAAAAUCAAAAACCGUCCACCUCUACGCGUUAUCACAGCCGUGGAAGCUGUUAUCAUCACAACAAGCCAUACAGUCGUCAUAAGCCAAGAAGAUAAUUCGCGUAAAUUUCAUCUACAUUUUUAUCCCAUUUAUCAACCAUCAUUAUCAUAAUAGUUUUAUGAUGAUAUUUAUAUUAUUUAUGACGCAAUGCCUACUUAUUUAAUAUCGUUUAUUAAAAAUAUUUCGUUGUGUGUAUAAAGAAAUUUUAUAUGUAUUUUCCUGUUGUGAAAACUAUCCAUCAAAGGAACAUAAGAGCAACAUGUUUAUGUUUCUAUUGCCUGUAAAAGUUCCAGUAUGUUUCUCGAUGUUCCUCAUUGUCGCCAAAAAUACAAGAAACAUUAGAGCUACGACUGUUUCAAAUCGUCCGCGAUGUAACGCUCUCGA